UAUUUUUAAUAGAGAUGGGAUUUCACCAUGUUAUCCAGGCUGGUCUCAAACUCCUGGCCUCAAGUGAUCUGCCCACAUCAACUUCCCAAAGUGCUGGGAUUAUGGGCGUGAGCCACUGUGCCUGGCCCUGUUUUCCAGGUUUUUUUUGAGACAGAGUCUUGCUCUGUUGCCCAGGCUGGAGUGUAGUGGUGCAAUCUCGGCUCAUUGCAACUUCCACCUCCCAGGUUCAAGAGGUUCUCCUGCCUCAGCCUCCUAAGCAGCUGGGAUUACAGGUAUGUGCCACUAUGCCGGGCUAAUUUUUGUAUUUUAUUAGAGACAGAGUUUCACUGUGUUGGCCUGGCUGCUCUUGAACUCCUGACCUCGGGUAAUCUGCCCGCCUCAGUCUCCUGAAGUGUUGGGAUUACAGGCGUGAGCCACUGUGCCGGGCCAGAAAGCCUGUUUGGUAACCCACUUUUGUAGCCAUGUACGUGGGCGGCUAGGACAAUAUCUGUGGGUCCACUUGGAGGGAAGGAGCCCAAAAGGCUUGAGGGACAUCUGAGUGGCAUCCAGGUGACAAGGUGCUGGGAGGGCAGUAGUUGUCCUUGAGGAGGGUGGAAGGUCUGCUGGGCCCAGUCCUGGUACGGUUCUGGUGUCUCUGAACUGUUUCUCCCAUUUCCUCCAAUGGCUCCAGAGUCCUUUGUGGGAAAUUCUGCUCCACCCAGACCCUGAGUGGCGUGGGCUAGGGCAGGGCCUCACGGUCACAGGUAGCUGCGGCUCCCAGCAUAGGACAGAUGCAGAGCCAUCCCUCUGGGGUCAGCCUCCCUGGGCAAGCAGGCUGAGUGCCUUGUCAGGGAGGGAGGAGGCGUGUCCUGAGGGCUUGGGGGGUGAUCGAAGCAGGGCUCAGGGUCCUGUGGUGGAUGAUGGAGGAGCCACAGGUGGGUUACAGGGACAGAGAGAAAGACGGAGAGACAGGGAGGCCGACACAAGACACACUGACAGGGUCUGAUGGGGGAGGGGCUGGGGGCCUGACUCCUGGGUCUGACAGGUACAGAGAGAAAGGCACACGCUGAAAGAGACAGAGACUGAGGGGGCGGGGCAUGGUGGCUCACACCUGUAAUCCCAGAACUUUGGGAGGCCAAGCGGGAAAGAUCACUUGAGCCCAGGAGCUCGAGACCAGCCUAGGCAACAAAGGGAGACACCCUCCCCCCACACCCAUCACCUGUCUCUACAUUAAAAAACAAAACAAAACAAAACGGUGGUUCACGCCUGUAAUCCCAGCACUUUGGGAGGCCGAGGCAGGUGGAUCACGAGGUCGAGAGAUCGAGACCAUCCUGGUCAACAUGGUGAAACCCCAUCUCUACUAAAAAUACAAAAAAUUAGCUGGGCAUGGUGGCGCGUGCCUGUAAUCCCAGCUACUCGGGAGGCUGAGGCAGGAGAAUUGCCUGAACCCAGGAGGUGGAGGUUGCAGUGAGCCGAGAUCGUGCCAUUGCACUCCAGCCUGGGUAACAAGAGCCGAAACUCUGUCUCCAAAAAAAAAAAAAAAAAAAAAAGAAAGAAAAGCCAGAGAGGGAUGGAGACAGGGAAAUACAGAGACACAGAAACUGCCCAAAACAAAAAACAAGAGAGGGCCGGGAGCCAUAGCUCACACCUGUAAUCCCAGUUUACUGGGGGGCUGGAGAAUCACUUGAGGCCAGGAGUUCAAGACUAGCCUGGGGAGCAUAGUGGGACACCCCCACCCCCUUCAUCUUUAUUUUUUUUUUUUUUAAUUAACAAAACCUGACCUGGCAUGGUGGCUCACACCUGUAAUCCCAGCACUUUGGGAGGCCAAGGUGGGUGGGCAGACUGCUUGAGGCCAGGAGUUCAAGACCAGCCUGACCAACAUGGAGAAACCCUGUCUCUACUAAAAAAACAAAAUUAGCCAGGCGUGGUGGCGCACAUCUAUAAUCCCAGCUACUCAAGAGGCUGAGGCAGGAGAAUCACCUGAACCUGGAAGGCAGAGGUUGCAGUGAACCGAGAUAGCAGCAUUGCACUCCAGCCUGGUGACAGAGACUCCGUCUCAGAACACAUAUACACACAUACACACACCCCACCCCAAGAGAGAUGGAGAGAGAGUGACGGAGAAGAGAGAUGAAGGUGGGAGAGAGAACCUGUCAGAGGGAGGCGGGGAGAGGCGAUCUGAGAGAUGGAGACAGAGGUAAACUGGCCUCCCUCCCCAGCCCCACAGGCGUCAGUAGCAGAGGCGCCCCCACACUGACCUCCUUCUCGGCACUCCCACAGCACAGACAGUCCUCCUUCAGGUCUGCCUGCCUGCCUUCCUGCUGUUGGCCAAGCCCAUUAAGCUGCUACCUUGGCCACAACUGAAGGCCCCACGCCCCAGGGAGGAAACCACUGAGGCGGCGUCCCUGCUACCCAGCACCCCAAACCAUCAAUUAAUAUUAAUGAGGAAAGGCUCCUCACUGCCUGAGGACCCCCACUGAGUCUCCAGUGGAGGGGAGGCCCCACCCCCAUGACUCAGGAGGUUAAAGGGCCUGGUGCUGGCCUAUGAGGCCAGUGUCCAGAUGGCGAGCGGCAGCGGGAGGGUCACCAUCCAGCUCGUGGACGAGGAGGCUGGGGUCGGAGCCGGGGGCCCGCAGCUCUUUCGGGGCCAGAGCUAUGAGGCAAUCCGGGCAGCCUGCCUGGAGUCAGGGAUCCUGUUCCAAGACCCUUACUUCCCUGCUGGACCUGAUGCCCUUGGCCAUGACCAGCUGGGACCAGACUCGGAGAAGGCCAAAGGCGUGAAAUGGAUGAGGCCCCAUGAGUUCUGUGCAGAGCCGAAGUUCAUCUGUGAAGACAUGAACCGCACAGACGUGUGUCAGGGGAGCCUGGGUAACUGCUGGUUCCUUGCGGCCGCCGCCUCCCUUACUCUGUACCCCCGGCUCCUGCACCGAGUGGUCCCUCCCAGACAGGAUUUCCAGCAUGGCUAUGCAGGCGUCUUCCACUUCCAGCUCUGGCAGUUUGGCUGCUGGGUGGACGUCGUGGUGGAUGACAGGCUGCCCGUGCGUGAAGGGAAGCUGAUGUUUGUGCACUCGGAACAGCGGAAUGAGUUCUGGGCCCCACUCCUGGAGAAGGCCUACGCCAAGCUCCACGGCUCCUACGAGGUGAUGCGGGGCGGCCACAUGAAUGAGGCUUUUGUGGACUUCACAGGUGGUGUGGGUGAGGUGCUCUAUCUGAGACAAAACAGCAUGGGUCUCUUCUCUGCCCUGCGCCACGCCCUGGCCAAGGAAUCCCUCGUGGGCGCCACUGCCCUGAGUGAUCGGGGCGAGUACCGCACAGAGGAAGGCCUGGUGAAGGGACACGCGUAUUCUGUCACGGGCACACACAAGGUGUUCCUGGGCUUCACCAAGGUGCGGCUGGUGCGGCUGCGGAACCCAUGGGGUCGCGUGGAGUGGACUGGGGCAUGGAGUGACAGCUGCCCACGCUGGGACACACUCCCCACUGAGUGGCGCGAUGCCCUGCUGGUGAAAAAGGAGGAUGGCGAGUUUUGGAUGGAGCUGCGGGACUUCCUCCUCCACUUCGAUACCGUGCAGAUCUGCUCGCUGAGCCCGGAGGUGCUGGGCCCUAGCCCGGCGGGGGGCGGCUGGCACGUCCACACCUUCCAAGGCCGCUGGGUGCGCGGCUUCAACUCCGGCGGGAGCCAGCCUAAUGCUGAAACCUUCUGGACCAAUCCUCAGUUUCGUUUAACGCUGCUGGAGCCCGACGAGGAGGAGGACGAGGAUGAGGAAGGGCCCUGGGGAGGCUGGGGGGCUGCAGGGGCGCGGGGCCCAGCGCGGGGGUGCCGCACGCCCAAGUGCACGGUCCUUCUAUCGCUCAUCCAGCGCAACCGGCGGCGCCUGAGAGCCAAGGGCCUCACUUACCUCACCGUGGGCUUCCACGUGUUCCAGAUUACAGAGGAGCUGCUGGGCCUCUGGAACUCCCCGCGCAGUCGCGCGCUCCUGCCCCGGCUGUUGCGCGCCGACCGCUCGCCCCUGUGCGCCCGCCGCGACGUGAGCCGCCGCUGCCGCCUGCGCCCCGGACACUAUCUGGUGGUGCCAAGCACCGCCCACGCCGGCGACGAGGCCGACUUCACUCUGCGUGUCUUCUCUGAGCGCCGCCAUACGGCAGUGGAGAUUGACGACGUGAUCAGCGCAGACCUGCAGGCUCUCCAGGGCCCCUUCUUGCCCCUGGAGCUGGGGUUGGAGCAGCUGUUUCAGGAGCUGGCUGGAGAGAAAGAAGAACUCGGUGCCCCUCAGCUCCAGGCCUUAUUAAGCAUUGCCCUGGAGCCUGCCAGGUCUCACAGCCGAACCCCUGGAGAGAUCGGGCUCAGGACCUGUGAGCAGCUGCUGCAGUGUUUUGGGCAUGGGCGAAGCCUGGCCUUGCACCACUUCCAUCGGCUCUGGGGCCACCUCCUGGAGUGGCAGGCCAUAUUUGACAAGUUCGAUGAGGAUGCUUCUGGAACCAUGAACUCCUAUGAGCUGAGGCUGGCGCUGAAUGCAGCAGGCUUCCACCUGAACAACCAGCUGACCCAGGCCCUCACCAGCCGCUACCGUGACAGCCGUCUGCGUGUGGACUUCGAACGCUUCGUGUCCUGUGUGGCCCAGCUUACCUACAUCUUCUGCCACUGCAGCCAGCACCUCGAUGGCGGUGAGGGGGUCAUCUGCCUGACCCACAGACAGUGGAUGGAGGUGGCCACCUUCUUCUAGGAUCUCAGGACAGGAAAACUGAGCAAGACCACUCCCCUGCCCUGCCUCGCACAGGUGUGCUGCUCUCUCUGGCAUCUACCUGCCUGGCGCUGGUUUUGGGCCCAAGUCCUCCACUCAGAAAGGACAGCAGACAACAGAAGUUGGUCCAUGUUAACGGCUUAGGACAGUGCUAAUUCUGCCCUGACUCUCCUAGGAAGUAGAGAACAAACGCAGAAGAGGGGGGAAAAAAGGACACUGCAGGAAUCCUUCUGAAAAAUAUUACAUGUUUUAUUAUCCUGUCCCCAGAGGAUGGUUUAUCCAGAAACCGAGGAAAAAAAAAUCAGAAUAACCUCAAAAAAAAAAAAAAAAAAAAAGUAGGGGGAGCAAAACCAUCAACCACCAGGCAGCCACGCCAGCAGCCCACCUCCACCUCUGGAGGGUCCCCAGAGCCGCGUCAGGUAGGGGAUGGGCUAUGUCUUCAUUGCGAGAGCAGGAGAGACAGCAGAGAUAUGUUGCUAGGUGAAUAUAUAUUUAUAUAAUAAAUCCGUAAGUUAAUAAAGUAAAUAGUAAUUCUC